AAGCUGAAGAGAAAUUCAGUAACAAGAUGCCGUCCUGUAAGCCCACCCCACCCCCAUCUCCCAUCCGCCUCUACCAUCCAACUCAACUGAACCAACCCGAUGGCCAGUCCUCACCACUACCGCCCAAAUGACCCACACCUCCCGCCUCCCAGCCGGCACCACGCGGGCCCAGGCGCUGGCCAUGCUCUCCGACCACGCCUUCUUCCUCUCGUGCGACCCGCACCUGGACAAGUUCGAGCCCAUCCCGCCGUCCGCGCUCGCCCAGCUCAGCCCGCCGCCUUCGGUCCCGGACGAGGUCAAGGCCCAGCUGCGGCGCUCCGGCGACGACGAACCCGGACCCGAUCGAUCGGUCCAGACCCGGGAUGAGGAUGAGCAUCAGCCGGACGGGCCGACGCCGACGCCGACAUGCUACCGCGUCACCGACAUCGUGCACGCCGUGCCCGCCGGCCUGUGGGACACCAGCGUGGUCAGCACGUACGAGUUCAGCGACCUGCGCGACGGCGUGUUUGUGCGCGUGCGCAGCCCGCUGUCGGUCGUCAUGGACACGUUCUGGCGGGUCAGGCAAGUCGGGGGUUGCCGGGAUGGGAAUGGAGAGGGUACUGAUGGUGGUGGUGUUGGUGGUGGUGGUGAAGGUGAAGGUGAAGGGGCAGGCCAGGAACUGGCGCUGGAGCUGGUGGAGGACGUGACGAUACAGUGCUCGCGGCUGCUGAUGGGGCUGGUCAAGGGCCAAUGCGAGAACGGUUGGGGAAAGAUCCACGGGAAGAUGCUGGCGCGGUUGGAGGAGGAGGUGAAACAGGCGAAGCAGGCGAAGCAGGCGAAGCAGGCGAAGCAGGCGAAGCAGGGGAUGCAGGGCUGAUGAUGAUGGUGGUGUUGAGGAACGAGGUUCAGCGGAUCUUGGCUCGGACAGAGGCGUAGAUUGGGACGGCGAGGGGUUUCCUCGGGCUAUGGGGCUGGAGGAUGGAAAUUUUGACCCUGAAUCAGCGUCAACUAGGCGUUGACUUGUGCUCGCUGCAACGGCCGUCCCGAUACAUGGGACGGAUUUUGGUCA